AUGGAUAUGCCAAAUGAUACACCCUUCACAUUCAGUGAAAUACCUCCUAGUAGACGACAAUCAAGCGCAAGAUCAUUUGUUACAGCUUCAAGAAUAGGGGAUAGGACAAGCUCGGGAGUUUCAACAGCCUCAAUCACUACACCAAAAACUCCAUCUAUGGGCCAUUUAUCAACAUCACCAUCGUCAACCACACGCAAUCAAUCAUUUCAUCAAACAUUCAUUGAAAACUGGAUCUAUAAAACUUCUAGUCAGCAAGAACCUCUGGAGGAUUCGCACAAUGAACAAGAUAGUGACACCAGCUGCACCGACUUACCACCUUGGGCUUCACCUAAUAGACCAACAACAAGCUGGCAUAAGCCGACCAAGUCUUUUACUUUACUGGAAGUGAAUGAAGAGGAAGAAAGCGACAAUGGAAACAUCGGUAGAGGUCGAGCCAGCUUUUUAUCCGACGAUCACCUUGAUGACGAAGAAAACGAGCAAGAGAGCAUAGAAUAUCCUUUAGCUAUUAACGAGUAUUCUGUCAUGGCAACAAGCCCAACAAAUCUCAUGCCGCUGCUAGAUGAUGGAUUCAAUGAAAACGAUCAAGAUGAAGAAACAACUGCCGAGUAUAAAACUGCAUCAACAACACUUCGUUCACCUGAUAUUAUUCACAGAGAGAUAGAUCUGGAGUAUGAGAGAGAAUUAAACGAAUUAUGCAAACCACAUCCUGCUCCCAGUUUCCAUGGCAACAGUCUAGGUGAUUCUCAAGACACGAUACCAUAUGGGGAAGAUGAGCUAGACGAAGGAGACACACAGCCUUAUGAUCCAGAAGACGAGGAUACACAAUCGCACAAUUCAUAUGGCGAGGAUACUCAGCCAUACAAUCCAGAUACACCGUUGCUGGGAGAUCAACAAGAAGCACCGGAUAGUCUACCCGAGAUUCCAUACGACGUCCCAAAAGAUGUCUUCCCAUUCCUGCCCGAAUUUGAUGAUAGUGAUUAUGUCUCUCCUUUGGCCUCCCUGAAUGGAGAUAAUGAAGCUGGUAACUGCAGCGCUGCUUUUGAUACCUCAUCACCGGUGCUGCUGCCUUUUGACGAAAACGAGCAAACAGAAGAUGAAUUGUUUGAUGAUAUUACAGAGAGCGAUAUUCUCCAAUGUGAGCAGGAAGUUGCAUUCAAAAUCAAGCACACAAGCCGAGGAAAAAGAAAAGCAGAGUCGCCUAUCCCGGUUGCUCUCGAGAGCCAGAUUGUCAGAUUAGACAAGAAGCAAAUUCGCACUAGUGUUGUUAAGAAACCCACGACGAUUGAUGAUUACUUUUUGCAUCCAAGUACCAUUAAUAGCCAAACAGAACAAGACAUCGGCAAAGAAUCGAGCACACCAUCAUUUACUAUCAGUAGCAACGAAGACAUGAACAAAUCACAAGAGCCAAAGAGAAGACCUCGCUUUGGGCUCUCCAAAAGCAGGCAUACCACCAAUUAG